CAAACAUGGAUGCAGCAGCAAAACGACGUGCAAUACGGAAAAGAAAGAUUUUACAAAAUGCUGAAGACAGGAUGAAAAAACUUACUGGAAAUGCUGGAGUUGAUUUAAAACAUGAAGAAAAUGUUGACAAAGAAACAAAUUUUUGUGAAGCGAAUGACAAAGAUACUUUGAAAUUUAAUGGUAUAAAUGAUGAUCACCAAAAUGCCAAUGAUAAUGUUGACUCGUCUUAUACACAUAAAGAUAAAGUUGAUGGAUAUGAUUAUAGGAAAGAGAGAGAACAUGAAACUGAAAAAAAAACAAAUAAUGAAACGUUUCAUAGUCAAAUAACUGCACAAAAUUCAUCUGAUGUCAAAUUUCCUAGCCUUGAAGAUGAUUGCAAAGAAAAAGGGACUGAAACGGAUGCCCAUAUAAGGAAAGGAAAAGUUGAUGAAACUGCAAAUGAACAACUAAUUGAGGAAAAUGGAAUUGAAUUUAGUACAGAAUCAGAGGCUAUUGGCAGUGGAAAGGCUAAUGUUCGGACUAUAGUGGUGAUUCUAUUUGCUACCUUGUGUUUUACAAAAUCACACUACAUGCCUGUCGUUUUUUCAAUCGUGGGGUCACCAUGGUCUGACAUAGAGUUUUCAUUUAUCAUACCAUUUUGCAUUUUGGAGAUCAUUUUAUAUUUUACACCAAAUAUAAAAAAGGUUAUGCCAACAAAACAAGUCAAUAUUUGGUUGUUAGCUUUGAAAUUAUGUGGAAUAUCACCUGGAAUUGUUGAUGCAAUUAAAGUUUGGAUUUUGGAAAUUUUGGAAAUUUUAACUGACCUUGCAAUGUUUGUAUUUGCUUUGGUAAUUCUUCAAAAUAUGAAGGAACUUGUGUAUAUAAGGUGAUGGUGACAAAGUCCUGGGAAUGAAGUGAAUAUAUUCCUUACUUUCUCCCAACUGAAAUGACCACAUUAAAAUGCAUGAUUAUACAGAAGCAUGUCAAAAGGUACCUGUUUUCCAAUUUUGUUUGAAAAAUAUAAGAUAUGGCAAAAACAGCCUGAUGAUAUGGUAAAAGCAACCAGCUAAUGGCCUUCUUUAGAAGGCAUUGAGCUUAUUAGUGAUAAUUAAAUUUUGACAGACACCAGAAAGAAUAUUCUACUCAAAAUUCUUUUUUUAAAUACAUUUCUUGAACUAUACUACUAUAAACUACAAUCAUAUAUGCAUUACAAAUGUUGUUUUAAAUGAAAUGUUGCAAGUUUGUAAGCGUGAUUUAGCAGAAAGUUUGUGAACCUUUGGUUUGAAGAAAAGUUUGUGAACCUUUGGUCACCUACGUAAAUUUGUGUGUAGCUAGUAAUGUCUGGGAGUUCGAUCAUGUUUUUUUCAUAAGUUGCUUAUUCUUCAGUUCAUCUAAAAAGCGUACGGACUUAAUUUCUUUUCUUUUGCACGCAUCUCCCCCGUUCUGACGUUAUUACGCAUAAGGUCUAUUUCGGUUGAGGUGGAAACAGCCUUUAGGAACAUUAACAAUAUGUUGUUUUAAUUUAAUUCCUAUUAGAAGUCU